UCUCCUUGGAGGCUUCCAGCCCGAACAAGGAAAAAAAAAUCUGACGCCUGCUGCACCGCACCUCGACCUCUCGCCGUCGCCGCCCAUGGAGUCCGUCGCGGCCGCCGCGAUCGCCACCACCUCCCGGUCUCUCCCGCUCCCCUUCUCCUCUACCCCGCUCCACCGCCGGUGCCGUCCCGUCUUCCUCCCCGUCGCCGCCUCCAAGCGCCACAACGACGACGACAAGGAGGUUGCCAACGGCCCCGGGCGCGAGCCCACCAGCCUUGCGCCGUACGGGGGGCUCUCCAUCUCGCCGCUCUCCAAGGACGCGGCCAUGGGGCUGGUGGUGAGCGCUGCCACGGGGAGCGGCUGGACGACGGGAUCAGGGAUGGAGGGGCCGCCAGCGGCGAGCAGAGCCGGUGGGGCGGACAGGCCGGAGGUGUCGACGCUCCCUUGGUCGCUCUUCACAAAAUCGCCGCGGCGGAGGAUGCGGGUGGCCUUCACCUGCAAUGUGUGCGGGCAGCGUACAACCAGGGCCAUCAAUCCUCAUGCCUACACUGAUGGAACUGUGUUUGUUCAGUGCUGUGGUUGCAAUAUAUUCCAUAAGUUGGUCGACAAUCUGAACCUGUUUCAUGAGAUGAAGUGCUAUGUUAGUCCAGACUUCCGCUACGAAGGGGAUGCUCCAUUCAACUACCUUGACAAUAACGAGGAUGGCGAUACUAUCUUCCCUCUCUAAACCUUCUCCCUUGUGUUUCAGUGCAUGAUGAUGCCGUUCUAAUUUGCUCGUGUAGCUGUAUGUAAUAAGCAGAUGUACCUUCCUGAACUUGUGAUAUUAUACAGGUGUAUGUAUAUAAUUGUUUGUACUUAGUGCACACCUUGUGCUGCAAAUUUUAUACAGGUAGCAGAUAAUGGAAUAGACACGGAAGUUUAUGCAUUUGGCCUUA